AUGAAGUCCCUCUUUGAAAAAUACAGUCUAGAUAUAAUUGGCGUAGGAGUUUUAAAUGAAGUGCCAAACGAUAGUCAUUAUGGUCUUGAUAUAGGAGGGACACUAAUUAAGCUGGUUUACACAUUAAGCUUGGAGAAUGACGAGCUUUUUGAAUAUGAGCUUGAAAGCAUGAGAAAGAAUUUUUAUGAUAUUGAGGCGCUGAAAAGUAACAAAAAGUAUGCAAUGUUUUGUCUGAUAGCUCCAGUGAAUAAGGAAAUAGAGUUGCAAAUUGGAGAUGUUCUUGGAUUUCUUAAGGAAAGAGGGCUUUACAAACCUAAUAGCGUCCCAAUGACAGGAGGAGGAUCCGUGAAGUUCAAAAGUAUGCUUGAAUACAAAUACCAAAUAAGAGUUGUCCGAUUUGAUGAGAUGCAAAGCAUUGUGAAUGGAUGUUUUGAACUCUUUGGGAACCUAUCAACUGGUAACCUUCAUCAGGCACAUUUUUAUAGCAUUUCAAAAGGAGAGACAUUUCUUGUUAGAAUGGACUCAAACACUAGAAUAUUUCCCAGUCUGGUAAUUUCCGUUGGCUCAGGUGUCUCAAUAAUCAGAGUUGAGAACCAAAAUAAAUUUGAAAGAGUUUCUGGAACACGUUUUGGUGGAGGUACUGUUUUUGGGAUCUCAAAGUUAUUAGGAGUUGAGAAUUAUGGUGAUUUAUUGAACUUAUAUUCAAAUUAUGAGCGGAAGAAUGGUCAAUACUUGGGGGAUUCAAUUAACUCGAAUUGUUGCUUCUUUAAAGAGUUUGUCAAGGAAGCCUCUGUAUCCUCUUCUCCAUCAUCGUCUUCGUCUCAAUAUCUUGGAGAGGUCGAACUAAAAGAGAAAUUUGUCCAUAACAUCGUAAAUAUGAUGUACAGUGAUCUUUCGUACCUUAUAUGUUUGAUAUCGUCAAAUUACAAGUACGAAAACAUAGUUUUUUGUGGAAACUAUGUCUCAAAUCAUCAUAAAAUAAUCAUCAAGUCUAUUAAAAAAUACUCUCACAUGCUGAAUGAUAAAAUUAAUAUUUUCUUCCACUAUUUAGAUGGAUUUUUUGGGGCAAUAGGAGCCUACUUAAGCUACAAAUGUAAUUGA